AUGGCGCUUUCGAAAACAGAAAAGACAAUUACUGCUUGUAGUAAUCUUCAGAUUUCUUCCAUUUCCCGAGAAUGGGCAGAAGAUGCUUGGAAUUCUGAAUUUUGCGAGUCUCAAGGGUUUCCAGAGGUCAUGGAAAACUGCAUGAUUGACCGUGGAUACUUUGUACGGGAAUUGAAAGAGCUGUUGUUGAUUUCAAAGCAGUGGACAACUUCUGUGAGCCAAGACGCUUUAAAUGAAGGCUUAUGGAAGGUUCUUUCAGACAACAAUUUUUCACACAAAGUCUUGAUUUCUUUGCUCCACUCAUUUAUUGAAUCCUGUGACAAGACAUCAAAGGCUGGACCUAAACUGGAAAGCUGUGUGUUAGCAGCUAACAUUUAUGUUGUUUUGGUUCAAAUACCAGGGAGUGGAGCAUACAAAGUUUUCCAUCCUUUAUUAUUCCAGAAAGCUUUGGAUGUGUUGCGUCUUUGGCCUCACAGAGAGACAAACAAGAGGAAGAGACAAGAAGGGGCAUUAACAACAGGUCGUAGAACAAAAGCAAGACAUGGAAGAGAAGAAGGUGAUGGUGAUUGCAUGGAAGUAGAUGCUGCCUCUGAUGAUGAUGACGACGACGAUGGCAGUGGCAACGAGGAUAAUGAAAUGAGUGGGCAGAUUAACACUGAACAAGCCAAGGCUAAUGUUAAAUUCAAACUGUUAUCAUUAAUGCAGGAUGCAGUUGUACUAUUGAACAGCUACUCCCUUAAAGAUUCUGAGCAGGUUGCCCAUCAUGUAAUUCAGUUGUUUGUGGAAACUACACGUCAGGACGUUGAAACAAUUGAACAAGUUGUAUUUGACUUUCCAGGGGACCAAAUUUAUUCCAUUAAGUCUAUUGCUUCAUUGGCCUACUUUGGUCUGAGGGUCAUUUGCUCACCUCUUCAUGGCGAUGUUGGAACAAUCACUCACACUGUUUUUGAACACUUAAUCUCAAAUGUUCUUAUGGUGUUUGGUGGAGCAAUUGCCAGUAAUGGAACCAUAUCGAGAAAUGUCCAGAACAUCAAGGACCAAGCUGUUGCAUUUAUCUGCUAUCUAGCAAAGAAAGAGACCAAAGAGGUGCUGUGUUCUGUAGAAGUUCUUGUUCAAAAUAUCUUUACCAGUUGCCCUGAACGAGCAGAGUACAGAAUUACCGUGGCAAAGGCAGUAGUUGAUAUCAUGAAAAUUUUACCAGUUAAUCAGUAUGCCAGUCUUGUAGAAUGGAUUAACAUGUACUCCAAAAAUGACAAGAUAAGUUACAGGAUAUUUGCUUUGGAUGUGUUUUCACUUCUCCUAGUUGAACCAGAGAGGAUUCUAUCAGAUGAAAAUUUACAAGAUGAUGACAAGAAAAAACUUCUCAGCAAGAAAUAUCUGUUGGACAUCAUCAUAGCCAGGUGUUCUGACAGGGCACCAAUGGUGCGUGCCAAAGCUCUGCAGUACUUUGCUCAGUGUGCAACAUUAGAAAACAGUGCAUUAGUGUUGAGAGUAAAAGAAGCACUUCAUGAACCACUGGAGAGUCCAGCAGAGGGGACACCAACAUUAAACAGACAAGCAAAUAGUAAGCAAGCAGAGACCAGGAACAUUGGUGUGAUUAUAAGAAAAAGAACACGUGAUGAGAAAGUUGGAGUUCGCAAGGCUGCUCUGCAGGCUCUAGAAAGUGUAAUCACCCUUAAUCUGGAUUCCUUGGAGAGAGUGGAUGUGUUGACUCUCCAUGAUUGCUGUAUGGAUCCAGCACUUUCUGUCAGAAGACAAGCUAUGGUAUCACUAACCUCCCUCUUACAAGAGAGGCCCAAGUGUACAAUGGUACACAGUUUGUGGCUGGAAGGAGUGUUGCCACUUGUUAUGGACAGAGAAACUACUGCACAAGAAAAGUGUUUUCAAAUACUGGAGGAAGUGCUUCUUCACAAUAUUGUUCCCCUCUCAAAAUCAACAGGACCAUAUCACAUUCUUGCUUGGGACCUGCUUGAUAUUGUUGCCAGCCCAUCAGGACAAGAAGUCAGACGUUAUCUUCACAGUGCAUUUCAACACUGGUCAAAACAGACUAAACUUUUGGGAAACCUGGUCAAAUCACUUAUAUCUCACAUUGAUACUGAGCAUAGUAAGGCAGCAUGGCUUUGCUUGGCAGCAAUUGGUUCAUCAUCAAACAAACUUGACCAUACCUUUGUUGUGAAAAGUUGGGAUGAGUAUUCGAAAGGAGUAAAAGAUUAUGACAUAGAGACAUUAUGCAGAAUCCUGGCAGUGUUGGGAAGCUCUGCUUCCUUUCUUCCCUCCACAGUCACUAGUACCCUAACAGCUGAUCUGCAGCGGAAGCUUAUCACAUUUGAGUGCCCACCUGAAGUCAUUGAUGCUAUUGUAGCCACCCUAUGCAAGCUCAAUAAAGGAAAACUGCCAGAGGAAAGAGGAAAGAGUGAUCAUUGGUGUUCUGAUCUGCUGAAAGCAUCAGAGGAAUUUCUUUCCAGUGUAACAUUAAAACAGGAUUGUAUUGAUGAGGAGUGUCUUAUGCGGCAUUUGUUUACUGUUGGAGCUGUAGCCCAGCUAACACCGACCAAGACAACAGAACGACUGUUUAUGUUUGUGGAAUCCAUGCUGAUUUCUCAUGGCAAUAAUCAAGAUCCUCUGCAGAAACUAAAUCUAUCACCUCCUGUAAAGGCUCAUGUAUUUGUGACUCUGGGAAAAUUGUGUCUUCAGAAUGAAGAUUUGGCCAAACAGUGCAUUGCUACUCUUGCAAGGGAGUUAGAAACUUCUGAUGACCCAGCCAUUAGGAAUAAUGUUACAGUGGUGAUGUGUGACUUGUGUGUGAGAUUUACCAGCCUUGUUGAUCGGUAUGUUCCAAAUAUAGCUGUAUGUCUGAAAGACAGCUCAUCACUUGUGAGGAGACAGACACUGACUGUGUUAACCCACUUACUUCAGGAGGACUUUGUCAAAUGGAAAGGUGCCUUGUUUUACCGCUUCAUCACAACAAUUGUUGACGAAGACCAGGAGAUAAGGAAAUUUGCUGAAUUUUGCCUUGUGCACCUACUUUUGAGCAGACAUCCAGGCAUGCUUUUCCAGCAUUUUGUGGAGUGUGUGUUCCACUUUAACUCCUUUGAAAAACACCAAGUAUAUAACAAGUUCCCACAGACAGACAUGGAGAAGAAACUGUUUUCUCUUAAAGGAUAUCAAAAUUCAGGGAAACGCUAUACAAUUUAUCAAUUUAUGCUGUCCCACAUGAGUGAUGAAGGCCGAUUCAACCUCACUGGAAAGCUUUGUCAAGAGGUACUGGGUGGUUUUACUGAUGGUGACAUUACCUUGGAUCCAGAUUCAGCUUCUGUCCUCAAAGAUGCUCUUUUAAUUUUGAGCAGCAAGAACAUUAAACUGUCCUCAAUGAAAGCUAAAGCAGCUGAAGAUCUUGCUGAUGAGGGGGAUGUGGCAGGAGCUGCUAUAGUUGAAGCCAGGAACAAAUUUCUCACCCAGGUUCUAAAGAAGAACAUGAUUGAGAAUAUUAUACCCAUCAUCAUUGAGCUUAAACACAUGCUUGAAAAGCAGCAUUCCCCUUUGCUCAAGGACCUGAUGUCCUGUUUAAAAGAAGUGAUGAAGGAUUACAGAUCUGAGGUACAGGAAGUGCUGUCAGCUGACAAACAGCUUGCCAAUGAAAUUGAGUUUGAUCUCAAAAGGUUUGAGGAACAGCAGAAAGAACGUGAGGAACAAAGACGAAAGCAAAUCACUCCAAACAAUUCUCCUCAGGUCAGCACAAGACAGCCUGGUUCAGAUGGAAACACUCCUCAAGCAGCAGACUUCGUUGCUCCUCAGCUGCGAAGUGCAACACCCUCACCUAAAAAUGGAUCCAACAGGCCUAACAUCACACCUCUUACUGGUGCUAUAAACCAGCUGCAGAUCAAUCGACGACACACCCUGGCUUCUAACCCCAGUCUGAUAAACAAUGCUCUCAAAUCCAACCUUACUGUUCAGAUCAGUCCGCUGCAAGCAAAGCGCCGAUAUACCCUCUCCACUGCAGCUAUUUUAAAUUCUGCUCGCAAAGCUGUGGAUCAAGCUCAUAAGGUUGCAGAACAACAAAAAAGGAGGAGUAUCAGCUCAAUGGGUAGUCCUCAUGAGAAUAGUGCUGUUACAGAUGCACCAGAGCAGCGCACACCUCUUAAGCCCACUAAUUCCAGGGCCUUUUACAGGGAGAAUGAAGAGCGUGCAGCCAGCACUCCAGAAGGCGAACAAAGUCAUUUAUCAAGGAUUUCAUUUUGUGUGAACACAAGUGCGACUGCACCACCACCAUCUCCCAUACCAACAUCAUUACCAAUCCGAGUUUAUGCACAAGGCAAAGUUGCCCCACCCAGCUGGAUAGAAGGCAAGGUUGAUGAAGGUAAUGAUGGAGAUGAAGAAGAAAAGGAACAGCAGAUUAUCUGUUUGAUGUCACCUGAGCAAAAGCCUCCAAAACCAAGGACAUGGAAUAUCAAAUCCCCAGAUACCAAAAAGCUGGCUUCUAACAACAAGGCAGUUAGGGAACCACAAAAUGAUUCAGUCUCCAGAAGAACAAGAUCGCGAAGACGAAAGUGAGAAUUUGGUGAACUUUCCUGUAAAUCAAUGCCUUCAUUUUUAUGUUCAUAAUUCAAAUUAGUGCUCAGAAAUCAAUUGUUAUUGCUUAAAAAUAACUCAGUGAAGUGACAUCUAAGUCAAACUCAAAGUCAAAGUAUAUUGUAAAUUGAAGUAAAAUUUCUCAAUCUAACAGUUUAUGCAAAUUUUUCAAAUCUGUAAUGUCAGCCUGGGUAGUUUCCAUUCUCAAUUCUUCUGGUUGAUCAGUUACUCUACUCUCAGCACUUUUGCUGGAUAAUGUUGUUAUGAUAAGAACUCAAUUAAAAGGACAUGAUUCAUGGGCACACUACAGAAGGAGAACUCUUGCAUGAUAGCUCUCUUGUGCAUGUUUUUCUUAGUUUCUUGGCAAGUGCCUGCCAUACAGGCUAUUUUAGAAUUGUAAAAAUAAUAUUUUCUGAAUUUGUAGAUUUAGUAUUGUAGCACAUGCAGUAAUAAAAAAAAUUCUUUGAAA